AUGGCGACGAUCGUGCUCACGCGCGAGGAAGCGAAGAUUCUCGACGCUCUCCGUCUGGCGAUCCGUAAAUGCGACUUGAAGACCGAGGUGAGAGUGGCGGGCGGAUGGGUGCGCGAUAAGCUCCUUGGCGUCGAGAGCCACGAUUUGGAUAUUGCGCUGGAUGGUAUGACUGGGCAGCAGUUCUGUGAUCGUGUGCUCCCGUGCUUGAGGAAGACCGAUCCUUCGUGUUCUUACAAAGUUAUCAAAAGCAAUCCAGAACGAUCCAAGCAUUUAGAAACGACCAAGCUGGAGAUCCUGGGUGGAGAGCUUGAUGUUGUUAAUCUCCGAUCCGAGACCUACUCCAACGAUUCCAGGAUCCCAACAUCAAUGAAAUUUGGAACACCUUCCGAAGACGCUUACCGGAGAGAUCUCACGAUCAACAGCCUCUUCUACAACGUUGCGGCUGACAAGGUUGAGGACUUCACUGGUCGAGGUGCAAUGGACCUCAAGCUUGGAAAGAUCAGGACUCCGUUGCCUCCGCUCGUUACUUUUCUAGAUGAUCCAUUGCGUGUCCUGAGAUCCAUUCGGUUUGCGGCGCGCUUUAAUUUUGAGCUGGACGAGGAACUGGAGUGCGUGGCAUCUGCUGAUUCUGUGAAGGCUGCAUUCGAAACAAAGAUCACCAGGGAGCGCAUUUCUCAGGAGAUUCAAGCCAUGCUCUUCGGAAAGAAUCCUGCUCGGGCGAUGUGCCUGCUGCACAAGCUUGGUUAUUGGCCUCUGAUUUUUACGAGGCCAGUGAGUGCGCAAAGUGUGAAGGACUUUCAAGUCGUUUGCGAGACUCUAGAGUCUGUCAACAUUCCUGAGGAAGGUGAAAGGCGUCUUGUUCUUGUUGCUGGGAUUCUCUAUCCAUUCAAGAAAGAAAACGAUACAGUGAAAGCAUUGUACAAAGCAAUUGGAAAUACCUUCGUGCAAGAUUGGUAUGAGUUGAACAAAUGUACACUUUCUGGAGGAUUACCUUGUCUUUUCAACGAAAGUUUUCGAGUAGAGGCCGGCCUAGCCUUCAGAGACAGGGACUUCAGCUUGUCAGCUGCUGCUUUAUUUCUCUCCGUGCCAGCCCCUAGCGUCCAGCAGAAAGACGUGUUUAACGCUAUUCUAAAAAGCAUCAGCUUAUCUGGUAAGAAGUAG